AGAAAAAAAAAGUAAACGUCAUCAAGAGGCGCCGCUUAGAAAUGCUAAGUGUUUGUUUAUUUAUUUAGCUACAUUUUGAAGACUGUAUAUAGAUCGUAAUGGAAGUAAACAAGGACGAAGCCGAACGGUGCAUUGAGAUUGCAAUCAAAGCUAUAAAGAGUAACGAAGCUGACAAAGCGAAACGGUUUUUAGAAAAAGCACAGAGAUUGUUUCCGACACAAAAGGCAGACGCAUUGUUGGAGUCUCUGCAGCAGAAUGGUGAUGCAUCUAGUUUUGCAGCAGACGGCAAGAGUCCUGAGGAAAACCAUCCCAGCGCUAAUAACCACAGUGCUGCAGAGGAGAAGAGAUCUGAAUCUGCCAAAGUGUACACUACAGAACAAGCAGAUGCUGUGAAAAGAAUAAAACAAUGUAAAAACUACUAUGAGAUUCUUGGGGUGCAGAAAGAUGCAUCAGAUGAGGACCUUAAAAAGGCAUAUAGGAAAUUGGCAUUAAAGUUUCACCCUGAUAAGAACCAUGCACCUGGAGCUACUGAAGCUUUUAAAGCUAUUGGGAACGCGUACGCCGUCUUGUCUAACCCGGAGAAGAGGCGUCACUAUGAUCAGCACGGCGAGGCAAAAAACUGUGCUGGCAGACGAAGACACUCCGAACGAGACUUCCAGCCUGAUAUCUCCCCAGAGGAUCUAUUUAACAUGUUCUUUGGAGGAGGAUUUCCAUCUAGUAACGUUCACAUGUACAGCAACGGGCGAAUGCACUUCAGCCAGAGGAACGGCGCAAGACGGGAAGAAAGACGUGGUGGCUUGGCUCUCUUCGUCCAGCUCAUGCCCAUCAUCAUCCUUGUUAUUGUGUCCACUCUCAGCCAGAUGAUGGUUACUGAACCUCCUUAUAGCCUGAACUACAGACCUUCUGCAGGUCACACCCACAAACGGCUGACCGAGACCCUGCGUGUGCCGUACUACGUGAGCGAGCGUUUCAGUCAGGAGUACAGCGGCAUGAACCUGAGGCAAUUGGAACGCAGCGUAGAGGACGAAUACAUCUCAACCCUUCGCAACAACUGCUGGAAGGAGAAACAACACAAGGAGGGUUUGCUGUACCGAGCACGCUAUUUUGGUGACAGUGACCUAUAUCAGAGAGCUCAGAGAAUGAACACACCCAGCUGCUCCAGACUGGCCGAGGUUCAGACUUAAGUCCACUGCUAAACCAGCAUGAUCCUGGCAGGUAUAAAAUUGAAUCUUCCAAGAAAAGCGGUGGCAAACUAGUGACAUUGAGCCAAGGAGAGAUUUCUACGUGUGUGUGUGUGUGUGUGUGUGUGUGUGUGUGUGUGUGUGUGUGUGUGUGUGUGUGUGAGUGUGUGUGAGUGUGUGUGAGUUGUUUUGUGUGUUACAGAGAGACAAAGAGAGAUACUUGUUAGUGAAGGAUAAUUUUGUAAGGGUUUGUAAAGAAAAGGAUCUUCGUCCUCCAGCCCUUUCCAGACCUGAGCAAUACCUCAGUUAUGAAAUGAUCCAAUCUUUUUAUCGAUCUGAAACGCAUUUAAUUCCCAUCAGGCUGAAACUUGCAUAGGGUCUUCUACAUAUUUUUAAUUUGUUUCAUAUAGACAUUAAAUUAUUAACUUAUAUAAUUGUACAUUUGAGAUUUAGCUAUGCAGAAAUUUAUUGAUUAGGUCAAAGGUUAAAUAAGCAUUAAUAUGAAAUGAAGAUGAAUAAAUACUCCAUUCUUUAACCCUUUUAUCUUCACUAGAAAUUACACUACUCUUUAGUUAUAUAGUAUUUAUUCAAGGAUCAGGAUUUUUAUUUGAAGUAUGAUAUUAUGUCUAUUUUUACAUUUUGCAAUGCUGUCUAAAAAAUCUGUUGUAGUGCUUCUCCUGUGGAUGAGAACAGAACAAUAAAAUCUGAUGUGCCACA